AUGCCCUGGCAACAGAUCUCCCCCGGUCACUAUGAGCGGCCUUUUGAUUCCAUGGAGAACUUUUAUCGCGCCGUGGCUGAUGCCGGGGCUCCUCUCAACAAGCAACACUUUCUCAUUUCGUGUACUCUCAAAUUGAAGUCUUUCCCCCAGGUACAGAAUCUCCAACAGGCACGGAAGGCCCUCCGACAGCGGUAUCCGCAGAUUGCCGCGAGGGCCAACGAAGAUGGCUCUCGACUAUGCUACACGGUUCCUUCCCCGGAAGCACUCGACACCUGGGUGCAAGAAACCUUCAUCAUUCGAAAUGGAGUGUCUGCCGAUGAGAUAUACAGCCAGGAACCGCCAUCUUCGCAAUUCUUCCUGUUCUGCCUUCCGGACACCCGCGAACUCCUCUUUCGUACGCCCCACUGGCGCAUCGAUGCCUAUGGCUUGAUGUAUCUGCAAGAUACCUUCCUCAAGAUUCUAGCCAAUGGUCCCCGGGGCCAUAUUAUCCAGCUCGACGGCACCGAGGUGAGAAACCUGGCACCCGCUUUGGACGAGGCAGCCGGCGUACCAUCCAUCAUCACACCAGCUAUAUCCCAAGCAGCGGAUGAAGAGAUAAGUGUCCUGCUGCAUAACCAACCAACAAUUUCCAUCAAAACACUGCCCAAUGCAUUACCAGCCACCACGCGGCGUCUCAAGUCAGCUUUACCGGCUAGCACCACCCGCCAGAUCAUCAAGUCAUGCAAAUCGCGAGGCCUGACGGUGACCGCCGCGGUACAUGCAGCUUUAAUAGUGGCUACUCUUCCAUAUGUGAUGGACCUGCACCACAGCAAAACUAGUACUACCACUACUGAUGGUGAGAGAAAGAACUAUACGACAAUAACCCCAUUCGAUCUCCGAAAAUAUCUCCCCGCGCCCCUCAACGGCCCUGACGCCGCGACAAGCGUUUACCACACUGCAAUAUUCAUGAGUAUCGACCUAGCCGUGAACAAGGACUUUGAAUCCAUCGCCGCAGAGACUCGCAAGGCAUACGGCCGGGAUCUGAGCAAGGAUGACCCGCGGAAUCUGUUCAAUUUCCUCCCUGAAUACGUGAACAAGGCCCUCCAGCUCCUGAGCCAACAGCCAGAUGAUCCUUUGCGAGCGCCCGCGCACCCAGAUUUGAGUUCGUUGGGCAUUGUCAAUGAGUAUAUUUCGACCAAGUAUCACGGGGAAGAAUUUACCGUGGAGGUAGAGGAUUGGUGGCUGGCUCUGGAGUCGAUCGUUCGUCUGCUGCUGAUCCAUGUUUGGACGUGGGAUGAUGAGUUGGUGUUUUCGUUUAAUUGGAAUGAUGCUUUCUAUGAGGAGGGGUUUAUUAAGCGGUUUUUGUCUGAGUGGAUGGAGGUUCUUUGUGAGUCGUUGGGGGUGUCGUUAGAAUAG